AUGCUCACUAAACCCUGGGACCUGCCCAGGAUGGGGCAGCCUGGGAACGCUGCACCUGUGCCAUCAUCACACUGCAGGUGUCAGGGAAGAGCCUGGCAAGAUGCCAGGCCAUGUUUUUCAAGUGGUUGGUUUCUCUGGGAUGUGGAGCUGGGCUCACAACCCGGUUCUUCCUCCUUGUUCAGGAGGGGGGGGGCUCGGAUGGCUCUUGCUGUCCACUCCUCCCCACCCCCUUCCCAGUUGUCCACCAUAAUUAGGCUCUCUGUGGCUCGGGAGGGGGCGUCUGUGCCUCCUCUCCACCCCCAGACUCAGGCUCGCCCAGGAAGAGGGUCCACCCGCCCUCAGGGGCAUUGCUGCCCUCGUGCAGGCAGGUGGGGAGCCCUGGCCAAGCCAGGUGGCAGAGGUGGGCACUCCUGCCCUCGCCCUGGCCUGGCCCCUUGCUCAGUGGUCAGCUGUGCGUGGGGCUCGGCAGGGCCCAGGAGGCUGCUCUCGUCAUUAGCGGCCGGCCUCACUCCAAGUGAAUUAGCUGGUCCUCAGGGAGUGAGCGCUGAGGCCUGCAGGCUCCUGGCACCGGCCAGUGAUUCAUUCAACACAGCCUCACCCCUGCCAGAGGCCAGCAGCAUCCCUGCCCCCAGCCCAGAGGCCUGGUACCCAGAGCAGCCCAGGCUGCCCGUCCAUCUGCCCCUGUCAUCCUAUUCAUCAGGCUGCUCCCCGCUGGCUCCGUGGCGCUUGCCUCCAUCCACCAGCCCCUCCCACAUGCAGGCCUGGUGGCCUUGGAUCCGCGCCCAGCUUCCGCCAACCUGGCCUGCCCUGCCAGGCUCUGUCUCCUGCUCCCUUUGUCCCCUGGGUACCUUGAGUAACCCGAGGGAGGCCCCCUCAUCCUUUUCCCUCCUCCUCCUAUGCCUUCCUGACCCCCCUCAACCGAAGCCCUGGGAUACACUUAACUGGUCUUGA